GGUCGGGCCCGUUCUGCGCCGCACUUUCCUCUUAGAAGCCGUGUUUCAGAACCCGACAGCGGGUUGCUUUAUUGUAUACAUCGAGCCGAGCAUGGGGGAGGAGCCCGACAGCCCGGCCACAUAGACACACCAUACAGGAAGCAGGCAGCAGACCCCUGGCACCGACUUCACCUGCUGGUUGCCAAGGGUGAGUUACCGAUUUUUGGAAUCUCUAGCAAUGCGACAGAGACCCAUGAAGACUAAGAUUUGAUUAUCUACAUGCAGAUAUGGUGUCACAGUGCCGUUCAUCAGUCAGUCGUUCAAAAAUCUCUGCUAUUGAAACGUGAGCUGCGCAGAAGGAAAAUUGCAAUGAUCUAAUUCACUGGAUGUAUGAAUGCCCGGCAUUAUGCAGUCUCUCAGCAUGGCAGGCCUGCAACUUAUGACCCCUGCCUCAUCACCAAUGGGCCCCUUCUUUGGGUUGCCAUGGCAACAAGAAGCCAUUCAUGAUAACAUUUAUACCCCAAGGAAAUAUCAGAUUGAACUGCUGGAAGCUGCAAUGGAUCACAAUACUAUAGUUUGUUUGAACUCUGGCUCAGGGAAGACUUUUAUUGCAGUACUACUCACUAAAGAGCUGUCUUACCAGAUACGUGGAGAUUUUAACAGUGAUGCUAAGAGGACAGUAUUUUUGGUCAACUCUGCUAAACAAGUUGAUCAUCAAGUGUCUACGAUCAGGACUCAUUCUGAUUUAAAAGUGGGGGAAUAUUCAGACAUAGAACUAGCAGAAAGCUGGACAAAAGAGAAAUGGAACCAAGAGUUUGUAGAUCGUCAGGUAUUGGUCAUGACGUGCCACAUAUUCUUAAAAGUUCUGAAAAACGGAAUCUUAUCUUUGUUGAAAAUUAACUUGUUGGUAUUUGACGAAUGUCAUCUUGCAAUCCAGGAACAUCCAUAUCAGGAAAUCAUGAAGAUCUGUGAGAGUUCCCAGACUUGUCCUAGAAUCUUGGGAUUGACUGCUUCAAUAUUGAACGGGAAAUGUGAUCCUUUUGACCUGGAAGAGAAGAUCCAGAAACUGGAGAGAAUUCUGAAGAGUAAUGCAGAAACUGCAACAGAUCUAGUUGUUUUAGACAGAUAUGCGUCUCAGCCAUGUGAAAUUGUUUUGGAUUGCGGAUCAUUCAUCGAUAAAAGUGGACUUUAUCAAAGACUUUUAAGUGAAGUGGAUGAUGCACUUCAUUUUCUUGAUGACUGUAAUAUUUCUUCACUAUCACGAGAAAGAGAUUCUAUAUUAAUUUCUAAACAGAUUCUGUCAGACUGUAGAGCAGUUCUUUUGGUUCUGGGUCCGUGGUGUGCCGAUAAAGUUGCAGGAAUGAUGGUGAGAGAGCUACAGAAAUACAUAAAACAUGAGCAGGAGUUGCUGCACAGGAAAUUCCUACUGUUUACAGACACUAUUUUAAGGAAAAUCCAUGCUCUCUGUGAAGAGCACUUCUCACCUGCCUCACUUGAUCUGAAAUUUGUCACCCCUAAAGUCAUAAAAUUGCUAGAGAUUCUGCGGAAAUACAAACCUUAUGAGCGGCAGCAAUUUGAGAGUGUCGAGUGGUAUAACAAUAGGAAUCAGGAUAACUAUGUGUCUUGGAGCGAUUCUGAGGAGGAUGAUGAUGAAGACGAAGAGAUUGAGGAAAAAGAGAAAACCGAAACAUGCUUCCCCUCGCCGUUUACAAAUAUUUUAUGUGGCAUCAUCUUUGUGGAAAGACGAUACACAGCAGUUGUUCUCAACAGGUUGAUAAAGGAAGCUGGGAAACAAGACCCUGAACUUGCUUACAUUAGUAGCAACUUUAUAACUGGACAUGGUAUUGGGAAGAACCAGCCACGUAAUAAACAGAUGGAAGUGGAGUUCCGAAAACAAGAAGAGGUUCUUCGAAAGUUCAGAGCGCAUGAGACCAACUUACUCAUAGCUACCAGCAUUGUAGAAGAGGGUGUAGACAUACCAAAAUGUAACUUGGUGGUUCGGUUUGACUUGCCUUCAGAAUACAGAUCCUAUGUUCAAUCUAAAGGAAGAGCGAGAGCUCCCAUCUCAAAUUACAUCAUGUUGUCAGACUCUGAAAGAAUAAAGGAUUUUGAAGAAGAUCUUAAAACAUAUAAAGCAAUUGAAAAGAUUUUGCGAAAUAAAUGCUCCAAAUCCCUGGAUUCUGGGGAAACUGAGUCUGACCCUGUUGUCGAUGAUGAUGAAAUAUUGCCACCCUAUGUGUUGCGACAAGAUGAUGGUAGUCCAAAGGUUACUAUUAACACCGCUAUUGGACACAUCAAUAGGUAUUGCGCUAGGUUACCUAGCGACCCAUUCACUCAUCUUGCUCCAAAAUGUAAAACCCGAGAAUUGAAUGAUGGACAUUUCCGCUCAACACUCUACCUGCCCAUCAACUCUCCUCUCCGUGCUCCCAUUGUUGGACCUUCAAUGAACUGUGCCAGAUUAGCAGAGAGAGCAGUGGCUCUUAUAUGCUGCCAGAAAUUGCAUGAGAUAGGUGAACUAGAUGAUCAUUUGAUGCCAGUUGGAAAAGAAACUGUUAAAUAUGAAGAGGAACUGGAUUUACAUGAUGAGGAAGAAACCAAUGUUCCCGGCAGACCAGGCUCUACAAAAAGAAGGCAGUGCUAUCCUAAAGCUAUUCCAGAAUGUUUGCGGAAUAGCUACCCAAAACCUGGUCAGCCAUGUUAUUUGUAUGUGAUAGGAAUGGUGUUAACCACCCCUCUGCCAGACGAGCUAAAUUUUAGGAGGCGGAAACUGUAUUCCCCUGAAGACACCACCAGAUGCUUUGGAAUUCUCACAGCCAAACCUAUACCUCAGAUUCCUCACUUUCCUGUCUACACCCGUUCUGGGGAAGUGACCAUAUCGAUUGAGCUGAAGAAAUCUGGCUUUUCUCUAAAUUUACAACAACUCGAACUCAUCACUAGACUUCACCAGUAUAUCUUUUCACACAUCCUUCGUCUUGAGAAACCUGCACUAGAAUUUAAACCCACAGCAGCUGACUGUGCUUACUGUGUUCUACCUCUCAAUGUUGUAAAUGACUCCGGCACUUUGGACAUAGACUUUAAGUUUGUGGAAGAUAUUGAAAAAUCAGAAGCACGUACUGGCAUUCCGAAUACUCAAUAUACCCCUGAACGGCCUUUUGUUUUCAAGCUAGAAGAUUACCAAGAUGCAGUUAUCAUUCCAAGAUAUCGUAAUUUUGAUCAACCUCAUCGAUUUUAUGUAGCUGAUGUAUACACUGAUCUUACACCACUCAGUAAAUUCCCUUCCCCAGAAUAUCAAACAUUUGCUGAAUAUUAUAAGACAAAAUAUAACCUUGACCUGACAAACCUCAAUCAACCGCUAUUGGAUGUGGACCACACUUCAUCAAGGCUAAAUCUGUUGACUCCACGCCAUUUAAAUCAGAAGGGGAAAGCUCUCCCUUUAAGCAGUGCUGAAAAAAGAAAAGCCAAGUGGGAAAGUCUGCAAAAUAAACAGAUUUUAGUUCCAGAGCUCUGUGCUAUACAUCCCAUCCCAGCAUCUUUGUGGAGAAAAGCAGUUUGCCUGCCAAGCAUACUUUAUCGCAUACAUUGUCUUCUGACUGCUGAGGAACUGAGGGCCCAGACUGCUAUUGAUGCUGGUGUUGGUGUCAAAAACCUCCCUGAAGAUUUUAGAUUCCCCAACCUGGACUUUGGAUGGAAGAAAUCAAUUGACAGUAAAACAUUAAUCUCCAAUCAAGCCCACUUAUUGGUCGAGAAAGUAAGCGACUGUAUACUCGGCACAAAUGCAGUCCCUGACAAUGCUCCACGUCAAGCUGCUACUACUCAUGGAACCUCCACAAAAAUGAAUGACCAAAUGUCUGUGAACUGCACACUGUCUUGUAAAAAGACUCCUAGUAACCUCCAAGUUGAUCAUGUCUCCGAUCAAAAAGUGAUAAACGGUAUUUCUUGCAAUGGGCUUACAAAUGGUGAUUGUUAUGCAGAGAGUAAUGAGUUUUGCCAAGAAAAUCAGCUUAUUUGCUGCAAACAGGAAAUACCUGUGCAAUCAACUACCUCAUUAUCUGUUCAUAUUAUACCUAAUGAGAACCAGCCAACACCUGUCAGUGAAUGUAGUACAUUGAAUGAAAAACGUUUAGAUGAAAAUUCUAGCAAACCUACCUCAAAUGAGUGCCCCAGCAUGGCUGCAAGCACAUGCACUUCAAAAGUUUGUGUUGUAAAAUAUGAUGGGAAUCAUUCUGAAAAUGGGCCUUCCAACGGGUACUCCUCAAAAACACUUGGCCCUAAUCCUGGUCUUAUCCUUCAAGCCUUGACAUUGUCAAAUGCCAGCGAUGGUUUUAACCUUGAACGUCUAGAAAUGCUUGGUGAUUCAUUUUUAAAACAUGCUAUCACAACUUACCUGUUCUGUACAUACCCAGAUGCCCAUGAAGGUCGUCUGUCAUAUAUGAGAAGCAAGAAAGUCAGUAACUGUAAUCUUUAUCGUCUUGGAAAGAAGAAAUGUUCCCCUAGCCGAAUGGUUGUGUCAAUAUUUGAUCCACCUGUGAACUGGCUUCCUCCUGGAUAUAUUGUAAACCAUGAUAAAGGCACCUCUGAUAAGUGGGAAAAUGAAUUGAUCAAUGAUGAUGUAACUUCUAAUGGAAAAAUUGACGAGGAUUUUGAUGACGAGGAGGAUGAAGAACUAAUGUGGAGAAACCCAAAAGAAGAAAAUGAUUCUGAUGAUGAGUUAAUGGACUAUGAUCAGGAACAUAUAAAAUUCAUUGAUAGCAUGUUAAUGGGAUCCGGGGCAUUUGUGAAGAAAAUUCCUCUUGCUCAUUUCCCUCCACCUGAUCCUAAUUAUGUCUGGAAGACCCCAAAGAAAAUCUCUCUUGGAAAUGCUCAGUUUUCAUCUGAUUUUGAUGAUUUUGACUAUAGCUCUUGGGAUGCUAUGUGUUACUUGGAUCCCAGCAAGGCUGUGGAGGAGGAUGACUUUGUAGUAGGCUUUUGGAAUCCAUCAGAAGAAAACUGUGGUGUUGAUACUGGAAAGCCAUCAAUUUCUUAUGACUUGCAUACAGAGCAAUGUAUUGCAGACAAAAGUAUUGCUGACUGUGUAGAAGCCCUUUUAGGCUGCUAUUUAACCAGCUGUGGUGAGCGAGCAGCUCAGCUUUUUCUUUGCUCUCUGGGGCUAAAAGUACUCCCAGCAAUUAAGACUAAUAAAGGCGAAAACUCAAAAAGGGGUACUUCUGUUUGCGACCAGACAAAUCUUAAGAGAAAACCUGCUGCCAACAACGGAUUCAAUUCUGAGCAGUCACAUUGGAAAGAAGUGGAAUACGGUUAUUUAAAGAUUCCUCCAAGGUGUAUGUUCGAUCACCCUGAUGCGGAAAAAACUCUUGAUCAUUUAAUAUCAGGUUUUGAAAACUUUGAGAAGAAAAUAAGUUACCAGUUUAAAAACAAGGCCUACCUUCUACAAGCUUUUACUCAUGCCUCCUACCACUACAAUACAAUAACUGAUUGCUACCAGCGUUUAGAAUUUCUUGGAGAUGCAAUUUUGGACUACCUCAUAACUAAGCACCUUUAUGAAGACCCCCGGCAGCACUCCCCAGGAGUUCUCACUGACCUGCGAUCUGCACUUGUCAAUAACACCAUAUUUGCAUCGUUAGCUGUGAAAUAUGACUACCACAAGUACUUUAAAGCCGUCUCUCCUGAACUUUUUCACAUUGUAGAUGAUUUUGUGCAAUUUCAGCUAGAAAAGAAUGAAAUGCAGGGCAUGGAUUCUGAGUUGAGAAGAUCUGAAGAAGAUGAAGAGAAAGAAGAGGAUAUAGAAGUUCCAAAAGCAAUGGGGGACAUAUUUGAGUCACUUGCUGGAGCUGUUUACAUGGACAGUGGCAUGUCAUUGGAAACCGUAUGGCAGGUGUACUAUCCUAUGAUGAGACCCCUAAUAGAAAAAUUCUCUGCUAAUGUUCCCCGUUCGCCUGUUCGAGAAUUGCUGGAGAUGGAGCCAGAGACUGCUAAAUUCAGUCCCGCUGAGAGAACGUAUGAUGGGAAGGUACGAGUGACUGUGGAAGUUGUAGGCAAAGGAAAGUUUAAAGGGGUUGGCAGAAGUUACCGAAUUGCCAAAUCCGCAGCAGCCAGAAGAGCACUUAGAAGCCUCAAAGCAAAUCAGCCUCAGGUCCAAAACAGCUGAGUAUUCUCUACUCUCUUCACUGCCGAAAGGGUCUUCAAUGCUGAGCACCAGCCCCUCCUGCAACGCAGAGGUUCUAAUUCUACACAGAAGAAUACAAAAAACAAACACGUUGAGCGAUGAUCUUAAAGACAAAAUGAUAUUUACUCAUAGAGAACAACAAUGAAAGCAUACACAUUUGGGAAACCAACUGGCGCCUAAUGUUCCUCAGUACUCUGCAGCAAAGACCCCAGUAUUUUGUGCAGUCUUAUUUUUGCUCACUUCUUAAUUUAACCACAAGAGUGCUUUAUUUGUAACAUUUUUUAAGUCAUGGAACAGUGUAUGCUUUCUUUUCUCUGUUUUGGUUAGGCUUUGCUCACUUUUAGAUGAGUUGAUGUGUAGAUCUUGUACCUAAAGUCUGUUAGAAAUAUGUGUGUGUGUGUAUGUA